AUGCCUCUAUCUGGUGCACAGUUCAAAGACGCUCAGUUGUCUCCCGAUCAGACCCUGGCUUCUUUCGAACCCCAGUUGAUCAGGGCACAAGGUCUGGCCUCUGAGAUAUCCACCCGCAAUUACUUGCUGGUCAUUGACCGGGUUAUGUUUUCCGGACACCAACAUGCAUUCCCUGACGAACAGGACGACAUAGUAUAUAUUAUAAGAGAAUAUUACGUUUCUGACCACAUCAGAUCAGAACCUCCGGUAGCAGAUAUGACUACACUUCCACAGUAUUUGAGAGACCCAGGUAGUACCAUAGGCGAGUUUGAGCGCCACUAUCCCAUGGUAUUUCGGUCCAGUAUGCUCAGUGAUUCCUAA